AUGAACGACUUUGAUGAGUGCGGCCCGAGCGCAGCCAGCAUGUACCUGCCGGGCUGCGCCUACUAUGUGGCCCCGUCGGACUUCGCCAGCAAGCCGUCGUUCCUGUCGCAGCCGUCGUCCUGCCAGAUGACUUUCCCCUACUCUUCCAACCUGGCGCCGCACGUCCAGCCCGUGCGCGAAGUGGCCUUCCGCGACUACGGCCUGGAGCGCGCCAAGUGGCCGUACCGCGGCGGCGGCGGCGGCGGCGGCGCGGGGGGCGGCGGCGGCGGGGGCGGCCCCGGCGGGGGCGGCGGCGGCGGCGCCGGGGGCUACGCUCCCUACUACGCGGCGGCCGCGGCGGCGGCGGCGGCGGCGGCGGCGGCCGAGGAGGCGGCCAUGCAGCGCGAGCUGCUGCCUCCCGCGGGCCGCCGGCCGGACGUGCUCUUCAAGGCGCCCGAGCCGGUGUGCGCCGCGCCCGGGCCGCCGCACGGCCCCGCGGGCGCCGCCUCCAACUUCUACAGCGCCGUGGGCCGCAACGGCAUCCUGCCGCAGGGGUUCGACCAGUUCUACGAGGCUGCUCCCGGGCCCCCGUUCGCCGGGCCGCAGCCCCCUCCGCCUCCCGCGCCGCCGCAGCCCGAGGGCGCUGCCGACAAGGGCGACCCCAAGACGGGGGCUGGCGGCGGCGGGGGAAGCCCCUGCGCCAAGGCGCCCCCCGGCUCGGAGCCCAAGGGGGCGGCAGAAGGCGGCGGCGGCGGCGACGGCGAGGGGCCCCCGGGGGAGGCGGGGGCUGAGAAGAGUGGCGGCACAGUGGCCCCCCAGCGGUCCCGGAAAAAGCGCUGUCCCUACACCAAGUACCAGAUCCGCGAACUGGAACGCGAGUUUUUCUUUAACGUGUACAUAAACAAAGAGAAAAGACUCCAACUCUCUCGGAUGCUCAACCUCACUGACCGGCAAGUCAAAAUCUGGUUCCAGAAUCGUAGAAUGAAAGAAAAGAAACUGAACAGAGACCGUCUGCAGUAUUUCACUGGAAACCCCUUAUUUUGAGAGCUCCAGGAAGCACCCCUCUCCCAGAGCCCCACUCACCCACCCACCUCCCCACCAGCCUGCCCUCGGCAGGCCCAAUGUCCUUGGGUUUAAUGACGCCUCUUCUCUGUGGAACUCCACGAUUCCUUCCCACGGUCAACUCGGGACCUCCCAGCGACCACUGCUGCCUGCCGACGAGGCCGGGGACUUGGCCGAAUGGAUCCUAAUAAGGGGAAAAUGAGGAAAUCAAGUCUGAUACUCCAACCAGCAAUUGGCUCACUGCAAAGAGUGGCAGAAAGAAGAGGUGCCCUUACACUAAGCACCAAACGCUGGAAUUAGAAAAAGAGUUCUUGUUCAAUAUGUA